UGCAAAGCUUCAAAGCAAAAGAGGAAAAAGAAGAAGCAGAAGAAAAAAAACAGGGGGUGGAUAAACAGAGAGUCUUUCUUCUCUUCCAUCAAUAGAUUUUUCUGUAGAUUCGUGUCCCCAGUUCUUUCUCUUUCCGUUCUUCGCUGAAGUACUACCGUCGGACGCGUCCGGAGGCUUUUGCGGAGAGUAAAAAUGGGAGCUCGUAGAGGCCCCCGGGAAGUGGUGUCGAUGGCGGUUCUGGUUCUAUUGCUAGUGAGCUGCGUAAAUGGGGAAGACCCGUAUAGUUUCUACAACUGGAACGUCACUUAUGGCGAUAUAUACCCUCUUGGUGUAAAGCAACAGGGGAUAUUGAUAAAUGGGCAAUUUCCAGGGCCUCAGAUCGAGUCCGUGACGAAUGAUAACUUGAUCAUCAAUGUCUUCAACGCCUUGGAUGAGCCUUUCCUCCUCUCCUGGAAUGGUGUGCAGCAGAAAAGAAACUCGUGGCAGGAUGGAGUUUAUGGCACAAACUGCCCGAUCCCACCAGGGCAGAACUUCACUUACAUCCUUCAAGUGAAGGAUCAGAUCGGUAGUUAUUUCUACUUUCCUUCCCUCGCUUUUCACAAGGCCGCAGGAGGCUUCGGCGGCUUCAAAAUUCUUAGCCGAUCAGUGAUUCCUGUGCCUUUUCCACCUCCUGCCAACGACUUCACUAUCCUUGCUGGCGAUUGGUUCACAAAAACCACUCCAGCAAUAUUGGAUGGUGGCAGUGAUCUUCCGUUCCCUGAUGGGCUACUCAUUAACGGCCGUGGAUCAAAUGGUUACACCUUUACAGUGGAUCAAGGGAAGACGCACAGGUUUCGAAUAUCGAACGUAGGGAUCACGACUGCCAUCAACUUCAGGAUCCAGGGGCACAAGAUGGUUCUAGUGGAAGUCGAGGGGACCCACACGUUACAGAACACUUAUGAUUCCCUGGACAUACAUUUGGGUCAGUCUUGCUCUGUCCUGGUCACCUGCGAUCAACCCGCACAAGAUUACUAUAUUGUCGUCUCCACACGCUUCACCUCCGAAGUGCUGACCACUACCUCGAUCCUCCAUUAUAGCAACUCGGCUGGAAGUGUCUCCGGCCCCCCUCCUGGCGGGCCGACCAUGCAGAUUGACUGGUCACUUGAACAAGCGAGGUCUAUGAGGCGGAACCUAACUGCAAGUGGACCAAGGCCUAAUCCCCAAGGCUCCUACCAUUAUGGAAUGAUCAACACGACACAGACAAUCAGACUCGCAAACUCUGCUUCAGUUAUUAAUGGGAAGCAGAGAUACGCUGUCAAUAGCGUUUCUUUUGUUCCAGCCGAUACUCCUCUGAAGCUCGCUGACUACUUCAACAUUCCUGGAGUCUUUACACUAGGGAGCAUACCGAAUAGCCCCACCGGCGGUGCUGCUUAUCUCCAGACUUCAGUCAUGGCAGCUGAUUUCCGAGGUUAUGCGGAGAUUGUUUUUGAGAAUUCUGAAGACACUGUGCAGUCCUGGCACAUCGAUGGCCAUAACUUCUUUGUUGUGGGGUGA